UUCAGUAGCUCCCUAUGUGAGCGUCAAUGAGCUCCUGAGUUUCACGUCUCUUUUCCUGUGGAUUUCUUCAUGAGCGAGACUAAAGGGUCAGAGUGCGGAGGAUGCAACAGAAACGACAUCAGAGACUGAGGAUGCUGUCAAUGUCACUCACCUAUAAGGGACAAUUUACUUGUUAGAAAUAACUUCAAAUUCGAGAGUUUUUUCAGGAGUUUUACGCAGUUUUUUUCCCUCCUGAUCACUUUUAUUUUUUUAUUUUUAUUAUAAUACUUAUAGCAGUUUGGUCUUCUGGGACCCGCCUCCUCCGGGCAGCGCAUCUCCACUGCGCCGUCAUGUGCGCUCUGCUGCCGGCGUGGCUGUGCCUGCUGCUCGGCCUCCUGCCUCUGGAGAUCCAGUCCCGGGCUUUGACUCUGCAGAGCCCCAGUCACAGACACAGAGAAUCAGGAGAAAAAGAUGGAGGAACAGCCACCAAAUCCAAGGCAGGCAGCAGGCUCAAUUCACCCAAAACCUGUAAAUACCCAAAGUCUUCUUACACCGCCAUCAUGCCUACUGCGUCUGAUCUCACUGUUGUCCUUGACAACCACAUCACCCAGGGAGACAGACAUAUCAUCUGGAGGGCCCUCCUGCACAAAGAGCCCCCGGCGGGGUUAUCUGAACUGUUGCUUGACCAGAAUGACAGCGUGCUACAGGAAGCGCCAGUCUGGCAGCGAGGGUCACGAGGUCGUCGUCAUGCCAUCAACGGUGGUGGAAGAGGCCACGGCCAUCUGAUGAGGGUGGGGUGCGUCCUGGGCACCUGUCAGGUUCAGAACCUCAGCCACCGUCUCUACCAGCUGAUCGGACAGAGCGGGAGGGAAGACUCCUCCCCCAUCAACCCUCGCAGUCCUCACAGCUACGGCUAACACGAAGACGCCUUGGAUGAAAACUUUUGUUAGAGUUAAUCUACAGUCUCACAGAUACCAGGUCCUGUUUUUCAUCAGUGAUAAAAUUAGGGCACAAAUAAGCCUUUAGUGUCAGUCAGUGGUGUGUCAUCUGAUCUCAGCUGCAUUAUUGUUAAAGGAUCAUUCUGGUUUAUUACAACAUUUCUUAAAUAAUUCAGCACCCAUCUAUACAUACUGGGGUUGAGAGCAUUGAUUCAUUAUAUAAUAAUCAAUUUGACCAUAAUUGUUGUUGGUAAGAAUGAAAUUAUACUCAUCAAUUAAAUUGCUGAGAUCUGGGAAUGUAGCAACAUCGACAAGAGACGCAAGCUGGGAACUGUUUUUUUUUAUGAUUAUAUUGGACAUUUUUAUGUCUUUAUUUGUCGCAGCAGUCGAGUGAGAUGACAGUGAGAGAGAGACUGGGGGUGACGUGCAACAAAUGUCCCUUGCCAAAAUCAAACCAUGGAUGUUGUGGUUUUGUGGCUUAACCAGUAGCCUACCAAGAUGCGCUGAUGAGCUAGGAAGUAAAGUCUGAGAAAAUAAUUCUAUUUCAGUUUGGGUUUGAGAAAUAUAUAAAACUCAGGUGUGGAGUUUACAAGAUGUGGGCUUGUAUCCGGCUGGAAGUUGAAUACUAAAACACCGGAGUACCCCUUUAAACAAACCUCCAAGUUAGCGAAACUUCUUUGGAAGAGAAAACAAAGGCAAACAACAAAAUUAUUAACCAAAGUAUCCGUUUUAAACAUCCAUCAGUUUACUUGGGUCCUGCUAUACUCACCAUAGUCUGAUCAUCUGACUGAGAAGAAACAUUAGAUUUUGUUGCCCCAUCACAUUUUGCUGUAGCGAUGUUGCCGUGCUCCUGAAUCUUAGCAAUUACUUUGGUGAGUAGAAGGCUAUCACAUAACCAAUAGACAAUAGAUUACCAAAACUGUUGAAAUAACAGUUGUAGUAAAAUUGAAUUAUACUUUACUUUUGUGGUGUGGCACUUAUCCAGUGACAUGUGCAUACAUGAAAAACUGUGAACCAGAGAAGCCUCCGUCAAACUGGCCUACCGGACUAUCGUCACCAUUGUUGAUCCUACUGAUCUGAACUUUCCUGAGCUCAGAGUUAAUCCACCCUCGUCUCUUAAAAGCACCCUCAUCUCUGUGCAAACAAGUAGCUUUACAUCAGCACGGACAGAAACCAAGAAUAUCCUCCAAUCAAACCCAGUUAACCCUUCACCCAAAACCCUGCAGUGCGCACAAUCAGCCAAAAUAACCACUAACCCUAAUCCAUGAUCUGUCUGUGUACGUCUUAGCUUGUCUUUACUCCAUUAACAACUGAACCAGAGACAGGACAUCCAUUCAGCAGAUGGCUUUUUGACCUGUAAACUGUUAAUCUGCAAUGCUUCAGCUUGAUUUUUGCUGCUUCAAAGUCUGUUUUUGGAGCCUUAAUAGGUUUAAUCAUUUGUUAAUCAAAUGUUAAUCAUUUGUUAAGCCUUAUAGUUGUUGUAUGCCUUUCACCUGUCCAAAUUAAGCAUCACUGUGAAUGUUGACUAUCAAAGUGUUAUGUGAGGCUUUAUAGUCCCCUACUUUUCUGUGUUAGUUGAGAGUUUGAGUAGUUGUUCUCACAGGUUAAAUGUUUAUUAGGAAUGCAUGAAAGCACUUUAUUUUUCCUUACAUUGAGUAUGACUUGAAUUUUUAAAAUGUGUUAUUUAACUUUAAAUUAAUGAGACCACUUUGCUGUAAAUGUCCCACUUCACUAAAUCUUCAUGUUCAUGUUGUGCAAGCCCCUUCAAGUGUCCUUUUGUAAACUAUCUUUUAGUCUUUACAACAGCAGCAUUGUGUAA